UUUGUAAUCGACUUAUCAGACGUCGAUUUAAAUUGGAUGUGUAAAUUGAAAAUUAAUUUCGUAAUAUUUUGAGGCGAAGUUAAUCGUCAAUCAGUAUUGGUUAUUGGACGUUAAUUGACGGACUGUUGAACCGUUAUUCAAGAAAAAUUAAAAAAAAUACCUUUUGAUGCAAAACCUAACGAACAUCAAACAGUAAAUCAAAGGGGGUACUUUAAAAAGAAAAAGCAGAUAUGAAACCAAAUCCAAUCAGUUUGAAGACACGGAUUCUUAGUGCCGUGAGAAGGAUUAUAGAUGCUUCAACGUACAUUUUAUUCAAGUUAUACUAUGGCACUAAAGGAGACAAGAUACCGCCAAUAAAAGACUUUAUCCUGAAACAACCGGUCAUUGAAGUUGCUAGAAGAAUAAGGCAUCAGGAGAUAUCUAGCGUAGAAGUUUUAAACACGUGCAUACAAAGGAUAAAGGAAACGAAUCCAAUUUUGAACUAUUUCAUCGAUGAAAGAUUUAAAUUGGCUCUAGAGGAAGCAAAAGAAGCUGACAAUCUCAUUAGAAACGGAACUUUGUCGACGGAAUGUUUAGCACGCGAUAAACCCUUCCUAGGUGUACCAUUUACCACUAAAGACAGCAUUGGUGUAAAAGGACUUCGCAUGGCCGUCGGUGUUACAAGAAGAAAAAAUAUAAUAGCUGACAAAGAUGCUGAUGUAAUACAACUGUUAAAGAAUAGUGGCGCCAUUAUUAUGGGAUUAACAAAUGUUCCGGAGCUUUGCAUGUGGUACGAAACUCACAACCACUUAUACGGCAGGACACUUAACCCAUACAAUACGACCCGUAUCGUGGGCGGAUCGUCGGGCGGAGAAGGUGUCAUACAGGCAGUUGGUGGCAGCAUAUUUGGGAUAGGCUCCGAUAUAGGUGGUUCUAUCCGAAUGCCCGCUUUCUUUAAUGGGAUUUUUGGGCACAAACCUACACGAAGAGCAGUGUCUAAUCAAGGACAAUACCCUGAAUUGAAAGAUCCUACAAUUGACCUAUAUUUAAGUAUAGGACCAAUGACUAGAUAUGCUGUUGAUUUAAAACACAUCCAAAAGGUUAUAUCAGGAGACUAUGCGAAAAACCUUAAUCUUGAUCAACCUGUCGACAUUCAAACGCUAAAAAUUUUUUAUCAGUUCAGUAUGGAUGCUCCCAUGAUGAGCGAUGUAGAUCCAGAAAUAGAAGAAAAACUGAAAAAGGUGGUGGAACACUUUCGACGGACAUAUAACAUGACUGCCGAAGAAAAGAAAAUCGAAUGGUUGCAACGAUCGUCACCAAUAUGGAUGCAAGCAGUGAAGAGCUCAGACUCCUUUGCAGAUCACAUUUUGCCAAAUCCCAGUACUAUGUCAAAUAUAAUAGAGAUAAUCAAAAGUAUAUUCGGCUUAUCAGAAAAUACAUUAGCAGGACUUCUAGUUUCGUUGAGCGAUCAAGAAAAAUUUAAUCCAGAAUGUAAAAAGUACAAAUAUUUUAUGAAAGCACGCGAUUAUUUAGAAGAAGUCUUUAAGAAUAUGCUCGGUGACAAUGGUGUAUUUCUAUUCCCCACACAUCCAGUCGCAGCACCAUAUCAUAACCAGCCUUUAGUGCGAGGAAUGAAUUUCAUGUACACAGCCAUUAUAAAUAGCUUGGGCUUCCCAGCAACGGCGAUACCAUUGGGAUUCAACAAAGAAGGCCUGCCUAUAGGGAUUCAAGUGGUUGCGAAUAUUAAUAAUGAUAGAUUAUGUUUUGCUGUUACAGAAGAGUUAGAAAAAGCUUUUGGAGGUUGGGUAGAGGCUCACGGUGGCAAUUAAAGUUAUCAGUUUUUAAUCGACCCCUGUGUGCCUAGUUUUCAAUAUUUUCAUACUGUUACUAUCACGUUGACGUUUACGCAAAUUUAUAUUGAAUUGAAACAGUUGUGCAGUAGUGCCACUAGAUGGCGCAGUUUCAAUUCCUUAGAAAUUUAGCGUUUACAUUACGUGACAGUAACAGUAUCAAACUGCCACUAGGCCCUUUGGCAUGCGCAGGUUUAUGUUGUCCAAUCGUCUUGUGUCUGAAUGUAGUUUUAUACUGUUUACGCUGAAUUUGUCAAAGAAAUAGACACACCUACACUCGCAGACUAUACUAGUCUUUCUUGAUGAGAACAGUUUACCAACAAAGAAAUCAAAAAUGAUGGUAUAAAUCACUAGUCAUUUCACACCUAAUAUUUAAUAUUAUUAACUUGGUCUUUGAUUAAUAAGCAUAUAACGAUUAAAAAUGGUAAAUAUAUUAUUUUAUAAACAAACAAUAUAUAACUUAAAAUAAAUAAGUUAUGAAAUGACACGCGUUUUAUACCUUAUUUCUAAUUUCUUUGUUGGUAAACAGUACUCAUCAAAAAAGGAUGAAUUUAAACAUAAUUUAAGGUGUAAUAUAAAUUUAUCUUAGUUGUGAGAGCCUCAGAGGGUUCAUUAUAUCCCGGAAUGUUUAGAGUAAGGUGAAUUACACGGGAAAUACCGAUCUCCAUUUGUCUAUUAACAUUAUUGUAGCAACAUAUACACAUACAUUCAAAAAACAUAAACCUCCAUAAGUUAAAAUGUUAGUUUGCUCGUUAUUAAAUGUUUUGUUAAUUUGGUGUUAAUAUAGUUGAAUUUUCGGA